UACCAGCAGCAGCAGCAGUAGCAGCAGCAGCAGCAGUAGCACUAGCAGCAGCAGCAGCAGUACUGCCGUCGCUACCACCUCCUCGACUUCGUCGCAUCUCUCUCUUUCUCCUUCUCUCUCUCUCUUCUCUCCCCCCUCCUUUAUUCCUCUCUCUUUCUCUCUCUCUCUCUCCCUUUCCCUCACACGUCGGUGCAUCCCCGUCCCUCUCGAUUCGACUCGAAUCGCCGCACCAACCCUCUCUCGCGCGCGCCUCGGCGCCUCGGCGCCUCGUCCUCCUCCGGUGCCGAUGCCGCAGUACCGACUGCUUUCCGCGGAAGGUGGAAACCCGUGUAACGCGACCGUAUAUAGAUUUUCAAUUAGUCAAGGGGCGGCCAUGUAGGAAAUUAUGUGUCGCGUGUCGCCACGAGUCGCCGCAAGUACUUGAAACACUGGUCGCUGUCACCGCCGCCGCCGUCGCCGUCGUCGUCGUCGUGCUCUUUGGAUCUCGCUAUCAUCCCUUCGUCCUUCGCCGAAAACGUGAUUCUCAUUGCGCGCGCGAGUGGUGAACCGCGUGCGUCCCUUGCGCGCGGGUACCGCGUCGCAUCGCGCGCGUGUAUCUUUCGCUUCGAAAGAUCGAUCUCUCGCCGGUGACUAUCCAACGCGUUCGGAGCGUUUGAUAGAGGGAAAGACGGAGAGAGCGAGAGAGAGAGAGAGAGAGAGAGAGAGAGGGAGAAAUCGAGUGUUUACCGGGAGGAUCGUCACGCUGUGGACUCUCGAUCCUCUCGUCCUCCUUCUCCCCUAUCCGGCCCCGGCGACCCUGCGGCGUCCGAGGAGCGAUGACGACUCGUCGCCAGUGACGACAGUCGCGGGAGUUGGGAGAUAAGUCGAUCUCCUCCGUGUUGCGCUACGCCGCGGCCGCCUCCGCCGCCGUCGAGCGCAUCAUCGUCGCGGAGCAUCAUCCCCGGCGAGAUCUUGGAGAACCAGGAUCACUCGCGGGAGCGAGGAUGUUGCGCGCGGCCCUCGCCGUCCUACUGCCCCGGCUUCUCGUAUUGUCGUCGCUGCUGAUCCAUUCAGGUAUCGUCGUCGUCGUCGUCGCCCUACGCAUGACGUCCCUGCAGAUACCAGAGCACGUCGUACUGAAUGAAACGGUGCGCAUGCAGUGCAACUUCAACUUGGACAAAGCGCCAUUGUACUCCGUGAAGUGGUACAAGGACGGCCACGAAUUUUAUCGCUAUACGCCCAGAGACGCGCCCAUGGUGCUAACGUUCCUGGUGCCAGGCGUAAACGUAAACAGGGACGAGUCCACCGAGAGUUCGGUUGUCUUGAACAACGUGAAUCUGACGAGCUCGGGGAGAUAUCGAUGCGAGGUGUCGGGCGAGGCCCCCGCCUUUGAGACGGUCUCCGAUCACGGGGACAUGACUGUAGUCGUUCUACCUAACGAAGGACCGCAGAUAACCGGUGGUCGUUCCAAGUAUCAGGUGGGCGAUGUCGUUCACAUGAACUGCACGUCGGCACCUUCUAAACCACCUGCCCUAUUGUCUUGGUUCAUCAACGACGAGCCGGCUGACACCAACUACCUGAUAGGGCCCAGUGUCGUCAACGAGAGGAACGGUCUGGAGACCGCGAGACUUGGUCUGAAAUUCCGCGUUGCGAACAAGCACUUCAGGCGAGGCGACAUGAAGCUAAAGUGCUUGGCCACAAUAGCCACGGUCUAUCUACAGAGCAACGAGGAGAGCGUGGAGGGCGACGAGAGCGUUCUGAAAACACCUAUAAUGGAGAGCCGUGAGACCCGGGCACAGAGCCAUACUCGCGAGGACCUGACGAACGGAUCCGCGAGUGUCGCAGUCCAAUGGAUGAUCCUCGUCGUCGCCCUGAUCACAUCGAUCGCAGUCGCGCGAUAAUAAUAACGAGCGUGUUUUCCUUUCCUUUCUUCCUCUUCCUUUUAUUUUUAUUUUUUAUUUUUUUAUUUUUUCUUUCUCACUCACUUCCUAAUCAUGUAAACGUUAGGAGAUCGGUUUCGCCAUAUCUACUAUUAACUCUUAAUCCGCGUAAAUAAAAACGCGAUACCGAUAUGCAUAUAAUAAGUGUACGUCCAUUUUAUGCGUCGCCGCGGCGCGCGAUGAAGUCUACAAUUACGUGCGCUCUAGGCUCUAAAUGUAUUUCCAUGUUCGCGCGGGGCAAAUGAUCGAUCAAUCAUUGCGCGAUCCGAUGGAUCGCGCGGACGCGCACAAUCCCGUGACGCCCCCGAGCGACUUCGUUUAGAUCGUCCGAAAUCUUUUUGACGGCAAACAUCGCGGAAGGCGUCGUCAGAAUCGUAUCCUUCGCAUCGAUUCGAUGUUAUUCUUACCUACGAUUUUUACAAAGCGCUCUUUUCUAUUUUCACGACAUAUCAUUUCUAUAUUUGUCCGGCGAUCGCGUCCUCGCGACGAUUCCUCCUAUAAAACCGGAUGAUCUCCUUGGGCCCCGCGAAUACGCUUUACUCCGGAAUCAUCCAGCGUCCAUCCUCCUUCCUGUAUCCUCGGUAAACUCGCUGCGUUUCGAUUUCGCCGACAAAGCGGAGCUGAUAAAUAAUAUUCACGAGGGCAGUCGCGAGCAGUUCUUUGUAUGUGAUGGAUAAAUCAUCGGGCGAAUUAAAACCGACGAAACAGCUGGGUCUGCUCGUUGAACGAUUGAAUAUGAUUGAUUGGAUCCACAGCGGAUCUCGGUCGGUAAAGAUAGCCAAAUGUCGAAUGCUGCUAAGGAAGUAGCAUAUUCCGCUGAUGAUAUUAACAACAUCCCACGAUACACGCACAUAAAAGAAAAGAUGUUGGAAGGAAAAUCUUUCUGUGACACGGCAAUCCAUCAAAUAUCACUGUUUCACCGCGUGACAUCGACUCGCUGCUCGCUCCAGGGUCUUACAAACGAGCCUUUUAUACAGGGUGAUUAUUAAUGAAUGUCUCCACUUUUUACCAUAGGAGCACGCAUUUGUAAUUUCUAAUAUAAUAUGUUAGAAAUACAUAUCCGUCGGUAAAUCAUGCUUCUAUGGUAAAAAGUGGGGACAUUCAUUAAUAAUCACCCUGUAUAAACCCGGGACCCCGUGGCUGUAGGUAAUAAACGUUACAAACGCGAAUAAGUUGAAUCCCUCUCCAGAUGAUCACGCAAAACCCUUAAUCGGAUCGUUCCUCUUUUGACUAAUUGUAAGGCAUAGUUAGAGCCUCCGCGCAAGAAUUAUCUGUGAGAGACAUUACGUAGAUGUACCUACGUUAUACGAAUUGUUCUGUAAGUUGGCCUAAGUUUAUUUACAAGUACGGACUUGAGUUUGUAGUUUAUACUUGGCGUAACGUCUUGUGAACGUUUUUGUGCGGAGGCUCUUAAUCUCAUAUCGGGUAUAUGUCACGCGUGCGAAAUUGCUAUCGUAUUUUCGAUCGAUAUUGAAAUAUCUCCCAACAGUGUACGCCGGCUGAGCCUAAGGAGCCUCCGCUCACGAUCGGUUUCAUCCCCGACAUAUCGCCGUAAUUAACAAUAAUCUUGUAAUUGCAAGUCGGCAUUGGACAAACGACGUCAACGAGCAUCGCUUGAAUCGAUGUUUUUUUUUCUCGUUAGACAUCGAAGCAAGGGAAGUGCACCAGGUGUUGAUCGAUUAGCGCGCGAAUAAACGCGGCGGAGCGGUGGAUGUGCCAUUCGUAUGAAACCAGGUAGAACUGAAUUACCGUCGUAAAUCGAAUUAUAAAGGAAAAAACAAGCGAAUUGCUUUAAGCCAAAAAAAUUGUAUUACUUUUUGUCAUGGUACACAAUAGUUUAUAAAAAUGAAGUUCGUUAAACGUUACGGAACUUCAUUUAUUUAUUUUCUGUUUUUUUUGUGCGAGGCUGCGAAUAAUGGAAUUGAAAAUGUUUCUUUAAAAAACAAAAUAUUGUUGAAGUUUUAAUUAACUGCUGACAGUUUACUGAUGUAGUUGAUGAUAUAUUAUAAUAUAAAAAAGGAAUGUAUAUACUUUUGUAUUUUGAUAUCGAAGCGUGUGCACUGAGAAAAAAAUGUUGUAAUAUGAUUUAAAACAUAGUUUGAUUCGAUUAAGCGUCGAAUCAUAAUAUGCACUUGAUUCAACUAAAUUUUAUUCAUUCAACUAUGUUCGUUAUUGUUUUUGUAAAUGUGUAC